GUUAUUGAUUGGAUAGGAGAUUUCGGCAGCGCUCGAACCGGUUCAAUUUGAAGCAGAUCAGCAACAAUUUUCAAAAGAGAAUUGUUUAGGCAGUGAAAAAGAGAAGACAUUGCCAGCCAGCACCAUGAGUAAUCUACCAAUCUCCGGUAACUUCUCCGACACCGAGGAUGACGUGGUCGAGGACGAGGAUGAGGAGUUGCGCUUCCAGGAGAGCAUCAAGAAGGACCUCUUCACCGAGUUCACCUCGGCCACACCCAUGAAGAUGGCCAGGGUGAGCGUCGCUCACGCCAGGGAACCCAUGAAGGUGUACCUCAGAGUCAGGCCAUUCACGAAUAUUGAGAUUCAAGACGGAGAGUCACAGGAGUGUAUGGACCAGGAGAACCGCACCACUCUCCUCAUGAGGGCACCCAAGAACAGCUUUGCCUUCAAGAGCAGUCAGCGAGGCUUCGGGGAGAUGAAUCACAAGUUCACCUUCUCCAACAUCUUCGACGAAGACACCAGUCAGAAGGUGUUCUUUGACGACACCAUGCUGGCCACGGUCAAGGACGUCAUUGACGGCCACAACUGCCUGGUGUUCACCUACGGCGUGACCAAUGCCGGCAAGACGUACACUAUUCAAGGUGUUCCACAAGAUGGAGGGAUUUUACCACGAUCCCUGGACGUGAUCUUCAACAGCAUAGAAAACAGACAGUACUUUUCAAACAGGGUGAAGCCACGCUACUUCUGUGAUGUGGUCAAACUCUCCGAGAAGCAGCAGAAGAAAGAAGAGGAUGUCAAGUCCAAGCUGCUUGCCCUGGGCAAUGUCCCUUCCACCGGUGCAGCAGAUCAGACGACGAUGUUAGAGGGUGAGAGCAUGAUGGAGGAUAGCCUGAACACGGACCUAUCGCGGGCUUCCUAUUCCGCCAGCAAUGACGACACACAGGACUCGUCCAAACUCUCAGAGAGUAAGAUGUCUACUACAAAAGACUUUGAGGCCUUGAGCAACCAGACAUUCCUAGACGAGGUCAACGCCCGCAUCCCGGACGACACCGUCGUCAACGUGGACGCGCAGGGACCCGUCAAGUUCAGCAUCUGGAUCUCCUUUGCCGAGAUCUACAACGAGUACAUGUACGACCUCCUGGAGCCGCUACCCAAGGAGAAGAAGAUCAGACGACAGGCCCUCAAGCUGGCUGAGGACAAGAACGGCAGCAUCUACAUCAAGGGACUGAAGCAGAUCCAAGUCAAUAAUGCAGAUGAGGCCUAUAGGGUUCUGAAGAUAGGUCAGAGAAACCUCAGCAUCGCAGCUACCAAACUCAAUCACUGCUCCAGUAGAAGUCACUGCAUCUUCAGCAUUAAGAUUUUAAGAGUUGUAGACGUUGAUGACCCUCAUGUUGCCAGAGUCAGCCACCUCUCAUUCUGUGAUCUUGCUGGAUCCGAGCGCUACACUCGUACCCAGAACACGGGAGACAGACUGAAGGAGGCCGGGAAUAUCAACACCUCCCUCUUGACCCUUGGAAAGUGCAUCCACGCUCUGCGGUACAACCAGAACCAUCCAAAGGUGCAUCCAAAGAUCAUCCCGUUUCGCGAGAGCAAACUGACUAGACUCUUCCAGAGUUUCUUCCUUGGCAAGGGCAAGGCUUCCAUGGUUGUCAAUGUCAACCAGUGUGCAUCGGGAUUCGAUGAAACCAUGCAUGUCCUCAAGUUCUCAGCUAUUGCCAAACAGGUAACGACCGUCACUUCAAAACUGGAUAACAAGUGGAAGGAACCUCCUGCUAAGAAAGCUAAACGGCCUCUACGGAACGUCUCCCUGGCUCUGAACCAGGCCCUGGACUGCAAGGUCAAAGGUCAAAGGCCGUCGGUGCCGUGGGCGACCCCUGGCACCAUCGCCCAGGUGAUGAAGGAGACCGGUCACGUGGCUUCCAUCGAGGAUACAGUUUUUGAGGAGGAUGAGGAGGAGGAGGAAGAGGAAGAGGAAGAGGAGGAUAGUGAAUCAGAUGUAGCCGACACUCCGGUAGCUAAGAAGAAUGAGAACACUUCCAAGAUCCAGAAAGAGCUAAUGGCCGUCAUUGACAUACUGAAGCAGAAGCUGGUGGAUGAGAAAUCUGAGAAGUUCUACCUGGAGACUAAGAUCAGGGAAGAGGUUUGCCAGGAGAUGGCUGAUCAGCUGGUAGAGAUUGAGCAAGACUACAAUGAACGGCUGGAGGAAGAUAAGCAACGAGCCGAGGAGGUUUACGAGAAGCGUCUGGAGAUCUACGCCAAGUCCGUCAAGAAGACGCGCAAGAGGGAGCGCAACGAUGGGGACGCGGCGUCUGAUGCGGCCGAGCAAGUUUCCAUCUCUCUUCUAGCCGCUGAGCAGAACAAAGUCAGGGAUCGCAAUGCACAGAUUGAAAAGCUGACUUCCGACCUGGAGUCAACUGAAAAUUCUCUGAGAGACUUUGAGGAUCGUAUGCACAAUGAAGCUACUGAGCUGAACAAAACAAUUGCUGAUCAGAAGAAAUGUAUUGCAGAGAAUGAAUCAAAGGUCAGCAGUCGCGAGAAGGAAUUUACGGAUAGUAAAGAGGCUCUGCAAAAUAUGAUUGAUGAAUUAAAAAGAACCAUCGUAGAACAGAAGCAUAGACUUGUAGAGCAAGAACGAGACAUCAAUUCACAUGAGAAGGAAGAGAUGGGAGAUAAAGAGUCCCUUCAAGAACAGAUUUCGGAAUUGAACAAGACCGUUGCCAAUCAGAAGAAAUGUCUUGAGGAGAAAGAGGCGUGGUUUAGCUGUCGAGAGAAGGAGCUAACGGAGAGUAAAGAUGCACUGCAAAAACAGGUUGAAGAACUGAGCCAAACAAUUAGCGAGGAGAGAGAGAAGGGAAGAGAGAUAAUGGAGAACAAUGAGACUAUUCUGGAACAGAUGGAAGAACUGAACCAAACCGGUAGAGAAAAUAAAGAGGCUUUCACACAGAUGGAGAAAAAAGUGAGCUCACGUGCAAAGGAAGAAAAGGAAGUCAAAGAGGCUCUCCAGAAACAGAUAUGUGAGCUGAAUCAAACAAUUGCAGAUCUAAAUGACUGUCUGAAUGAGAAGGAAUCAGAGAUCAGCUCUCAAGAGAAAGAGAUUUCAGACACCAACGAGACAGUGCAGAAGCAGAUUUGUGAGCUGAAUCAAUUAAUUGCAGAUCAAAAUAACUGUCUGAAGGAAGAAAAAACAAAGAUCGAUGCUCAAGAAAAAAGGAUUUCAGACAUCAAAGAAACAUUACAGAAACAGAUUGUGGACCUAACCCAAACCAUAAAAGAGCAGAAAGAGAAGCUUGUAGACAGGGAGACAGAAAUCAGUGCACAUGAGAAGGAGCAAGUGGAAGGAAAAGACUCUCUUCAAAAAGAGAUUUCUGAGCUGAAAAGAACAAUUGCUGAUCUAGAGAAAAGUCUAGAGGAGGAAGAGGCCAAGUCCAGCACUCAGGAGAAGCUGCGUUUAGAGAGUAAAGAGACGCUGCAAAAACAGAUUUCUGAGCUUGAAGGAACAAUUGAAGAUCAGAAGAAAUGUCUUGCAGAGAAUGAAGCAAAGUUCAAUGCUCAAAAGAAAGAACUUACGGACAGCAAAGAAUCCGUGCAAAAACAGAUUGAUGACUUAAACAAAAUUACUGUAGAACAGAAACAGAAGCUUGCAGAGAGGGAGACAGAAAUCAGCACACAUGAGAAGAAGCAAGUGGAAGGAAAAGAGGCUCUUCAAGAACAGAUCGAAGAGCUCAAGACUGUGGUCGAUGUACAAAAGGACCAACUCUGCAAGAAGACCGACAGGAUAGACACGCUCGAGAGAGAACUGGAAGUCAGGCAGAUCGUCCUCGCCGAGAAGGUUGGAGAAUUAACGACUGUAAUUGAGAACCAGCAAGCAGAGAUCAAGAAACAGGCAGAGGGUCUGGAACUGAAGACUAAACAGAUGCAAGAGAGCACCUCACUGCAACACAAAGAUCUGGAGGAGCAUGAUACUCUAGUGUCUGAUCUAGAAGAGCGUAUAGAGGUCUUAGCAGGAGCAGAGAAACAGCUUGCAGAUGCCAAGAAAGAGAUGGACGAGCAAGAGAUUCAGAUAGCUGACCUGUACAAGCAGCUUGAAGAGAGGGAGGCCAAGGUCAAGGAGACCGGGGAGACCAUGGCCGCCGAGCUCUGCGCCGAGAUCAAGAUGCACGAGGAGGCCCAGAAAGAAAUGAGGAAUUCCAUCCUCAAGAAGACACAGAAUGAAACGGAAGCAAAGAAACUGAUCGAGGACCAAGAGGCCUCCAAUGAAGAACUGAAAGCUAUUGUUGAGACCAAAGAGAGACAGAUUGAGGAACUGGAAGAAACACUCAGCUCUAGAGAUGAAGAGAUCAAAGAAAUGGAGGCAAAACUAGAAACAUCUUCCCGGAAAGCAUCAGUAGAGGAGUCCGAGACACAAACUGAGAUGGAGUAUUCCUCUGAGAACUUCACCUCCUCCUCCUCCUCCGAGGAGAGCGCUGGUCAGGAGCUAUCCCGCAAGAAGAUGUCGGGUAUGCCUUCCACCACCUCUCUGGCAUCCACCAUCUCCACCACCAGCACUGAGGAGGAUGAUGAUGAUAGUAUCAUUAUCAUCGAGCCGGAGGAUCAAGCUGGAUACAAGGCUGGUCGCCUCUCAAGAGUGGAGAUAGAUGCUACUCCUCUUCAGAAGAAGAACUCGCGCAAGGGACGGGCCGCCAAGAUCACAAAGACAUCACUGAGGUCGUCCAGGAAGAGGGGAGGAGGAGGAGACGAUGACCAGGAAGAGAGUUCCAAGAAACUGAGAGGAGACGAUGGAGUUGGGGUCAAGCCAAAGGGUCGUGCACGUCGUGCCACACGGGCAUCCAGUAAGACCAGUCUCAAUGAGGAGAUAGAGAACCAACCGGAGGAUGGGACAUCCCCUUCCGCGACUUCGCUCUCAGGUAGCAGUCAGAGGAGAGGCCCUCUGGCCAGGAUCAACGAAUACCUUCAGAACUCUCCCAUUGGAAAAUCUGUGUAUGAUACUGCCCCAUCAUCAUCAUUAGCAUGCACAUCCACGGGUGCGGCCAUUGGUGCUGCAUCCCCCUCCGCAGAGGUGACCCCAUCCUCGCCCCCGUCCCAUACCAACCUCAUGGUCAAAUCAUUAGCAUGCACAGUCAACCUCACUCCGUCCGUUAUCCUUCCAGCCAAACGCCUGGUAGACACGGCCACGGCUGCUGCCUCCCCCUCCUCCGCUGAGGUGGUGAAGCCCCCGUCCCCCUCCCCGCCCAAGGCCGUCGAGAUGGCCACCUUCGUCCCCUCCAUGGUGCCGGAGAGACAGAAGAGGAAGAGGAAGCUCUACAAGACCGAUAUUUCUGCACCGUUUGAGGCCUCCCCUCAUGAGAUGAUAAGCCGACAAUAUGUAGGCGAAGCCAAAUCUACGGAGGGCGCCGUUACAGUUAUCACACGAAAGCUGCGCUCUCGAGCCAAGAAAUACUGAAGAGUUUCCUGCCACGUAGCCGUGAAAAAAGCAUUGAAACUAAAUCCUGAAUGUGGAGAGGCCAACAUUUUUGUGAUCUAUGGAGUAUGGAAUGCUCUUUAUUUCAAGAAUAUGCAUGAUGCAAUGGGGUUACAGUUAGAUGUGACUUUGCUAAAACAAAUACAUAUGUCCUGAAAAAGAAAUUCAUCCUUCUUAUUUUCUUAAUUUUCAUCUAGUUAUCAAACCUUUUGCAUUUAUCUUACGGUACUGUACAAGAUGAAUGUGUCAUUUUGUACAUUGCAUUUUACGGCUGUACAGGAAUGUAAACUGGAAUGUUGCGAGGUUCCAAAUAUCGCCUUAAAAUUAUAUUUUUCUUUAAUUAUUGUUAUUUCAUGUACCGUAGGAAGUAUUUUUCAGCAUAUAAUUAUGGUUUUGCUUUUGUUUAACUUAGUCUGAAUGAAUAUUGCCCAUGUGACUCUCAAUACAUAUUGGAUUUGAUUCUCUUGUAAGUGCUGUUAUAUCAUGUCAUCAGUGUGGGAUCAAUUCAAAUUCAAGAAAGGGGAGAAGAGAAGAUUUUUUUUUUUUCAGGAAGAAAUUUCAUUUGCAACCAAAACUUUUUUCCAAAUUCAGUUUUACUCUGUAAACAAAAAUAGUGCCAUUUAAUUCAUAGUUAUUUCUGAACCGAAAAAUAUAUGUUGAGUUGGGAUCAAAACAUGCUUGUGGCAUGAAUGUUAAAACUAUACAUGUAUUUUGUAAAAGUAGAUGAAGACACUCUAAGAUUGUCAAAAAAAUACAAUCACAUUAUUUUAUUUGUGCCACAUUAUGCAUUUUACAACUAGAUGUGGUAUAUCUUCAUAUGCCAGAUAAAUGGAUAUUAACAGAGGGAAUAUUCAGUCCUUUAGAGUAUUAGGAACUCUCCCUGCUAAUGCUUUGCUGCAAGGCACUCAGCAAUAUCCAAUGAAGCCCAGGAAAUGUGUACCUUUAACUGUAUAUGAUGUGUAAA